UGGCUUUUAUUUUGACAGACUCGUAUUUCCGGUCACCUGCCCUGCUUUAAGUCUCUGUUCAAAAGAAAGAAGAAGAAAAAGCUAAACUAUAAAACAAACAAUACAAACGUACACUGACGGCCCGGACACUUUCCACAGACUGGGUGUAGAAGUGAACGCGUUGUAGUCUCAUUGAACUACAAGUCCCUUGUCGCCCGGCUCCGCCCAGGUCGUCAGCUCGGGUAACGCGUUGGAUUCAGGUUUGAACCCUCACAGCGAGCGGGAGCGUGUGACUGGAUUCAAUCGGUACAGCGACGUUGCGGUAACUCAGGGUUACUAUACAUCUAACCUGUGUGUGAACGGUGUCGCCAUGGCUACAGAUAUUGUUGCACAGUUGGCCAACUCUCUAGCUAAGACUGGAGUAGAGGAUGUAGAGCUCAGCUACAAAGGCCAGGGGAAGAAGCUGGAUGAUGCCGAGUCAGUGGAGGAGAUGGUUAAGGAGAUUCAGGACUUUGAAGAUUUACAGGCUUUGAGGUUGGAGGGCAACACUGUCGGGGUGGAGGCAGCCAAGGCCAUCGCCAAGGCCCUCGAGACAAAGAGCAAGUUUAAGCGCUGUUAUUGGAGUGACAUGUUCACAGGACGUCUUCGCUCUGAGAUCCCUCCUGCCUUGAACUCACUGGGUGACGCUCUGGUGCUGGCGGGGGCCAAACUGACUGUCUUGGACCUCAGUGACAACGCCUUUGGACCAGACGGCGUGAGGGGCAUCGAGAGGUUGCUCAAGAGCACGGCCUGCUACACUCUGCAGGAGUUGCGGCUCAACAACUGUGGCAUGGGCAUCGGAGGGGGGAAGAUCUUGGCUGCUUCUUUGAUCCAGUGCCAUAAAAACUCCAGUGCAGAGGGAACCCCUCUCGGCCUGAAGGUGUUUGUUGCGGGGAGGAACCGCCUGGAGAACGAUGGAGCCACUGCCCUCGCUCAAGCCUUCCAGUUGAUGGGCAGCCUGGAGGAGGUUCACAUGCCUCAGAACGGCAUCAACCACCCGGGCGUGACGGCUCUGGCCAAAGCCAUGCAGCACAACGCAGACCUGCGCAUCCUCAACCUCAACGACAACACCUUCACCGAGAAGGGGGCCUUCGCCAUGGCUCAGGCCCUGAAACACCUACGCAACAUCCAAGUAAUAAACUUUGGAGACUGUCUGGUGCGGCCAGCGGGAGCCAUAGCCCUGGCAGCAACUGUGUCAGAGGGCCUCCCGAUCCUCAGGGAACUCAAUCUGUCGUUUGGGGAGAUCACGGAAGAGGCCGCUCUGGCUGUGGCACAAGCGGUAAAAAACAAGGACCAGCUGGAGAAACUGGAUCUAAAUGGUAACAGCCUCGGAGAAGAUGGCUGCAAAGCUCUGAAGAACGCCAUGGAGGCCAUGAACAUCGGGGAGCUGCUCGGGUCACUCAGUGAUGACGAGGGCGAGCCGGAAGAUGAUGAGGAUGACCACGAUGACGACGAGGAGGAAGAUGACGACGAGGAUGUGGAUGAAGAGGAAAUAGAGGAGGAGGAAGAGGAAAGCAAUGGCAACAAGUUGUCCACCCCUGUAGCAGCAUCCCGGCCGACGGAUGUCUCCUCCUUCCUCAGCUUUCCGUCCCCGGACAAGCUGCUCAAACUGGGCGCCACGAGGGCGAUGCUGAUCGAGCAGCAGGUGGAUGUUUCAGAUGCGACAAAAACAGCUGAAGCCUUCCUCAAGAUUGCAUCUGUGUACAAGGAGGACAAUGACGACGUGAAGAACGCCGUGCUGGACAGCAUCGAUGCCCUUCUGAGGAAAGCUUUUUCCACUCCGUCUUUCCAAGGCUGCAACUUUGUAUCAACUCUGUUGGUGCUGCUCGGACUCAUCAAGAGUGAGGACAAGGUGGCGCCGGUGCUCGUGGUUCGCGGCCACCUCAACGCCUUGCAGCACGUCGCGAGCCAGGACUACUUCCCCAAGGAGUACGUGGACGUGCUCGCGGUCUUCCUGUCCCGAAACCCCAAGGCUUUAGAGUCAUGUGGUAAUGCUAGAAACAGCCUCCAGUCGACACUGCAGCGAGUCAGAUCUGAGGACUGUGAACACACACACACACACAGACUCACACACACAGAGACAGACUGAACUUUGACUGAUCACUGAUGGACCUUUGGAAACCAGCACACACAAGCUCAAAUAAAGCUGAGCAGCUCUUGAGAAGAACCGACCCGCUCACUCCUCUUCAUCCCCGCUGUCCGUCGCUCGCGGGCUCAGCAACAAACCUCCUCCUGGACUCCGGACCCUGGUCUUAAAUGCUUUGUGUUUCGAUGUAGACUCUACGCUCUUCUGGUGUGGACUAGUUGAAGUGCUUUGUGUACACUUGUGUCACCACAGAACAGCACGGACAACAUGGUCUUCUUGAUCUGUAUUCUGGUGAAUAAGACCCGUGUGUCGGUUUAGAGACGCUCAGAUUCACUUUGGUGCAAACUAGAAAAGCUCUGAGCACAAAGGAUCCGGGCUCUAAGUUUCCCUUAUUGCACAUUUUAUAUUAUAUUUCAUAUAUACCUUUUACUGUUCUGUAUGUGUAUGUAUAUAUGUAUGUAUACAUAUGUAUAUGUAUGUAUAAAUAUAUAUAUUCAUAUGUGUAUAAAUAUAUAUAUAUAUGUGUGUAUAUAUAUAUAUAUGUCUGUGUAUAUACAUAUAUAUACAAUGUUUAUUGGAUUUAAUGUGGUCAAACUUUGGCAUUAUUUAAAUAUAUAUUAACGAUAAAUAUGGUUACAAAAACUAAGACUGUAAAAGACAAUAGAACAAUCAAAAGGGAUGAAAUGUGUGUAAAUGUGUUUUCUGCCUGUUUAAAUGGGGCAAGAGGUGCAAAGUUUGGGAUUUGUGUUGCAAAAAUAAAGCUGCUCUGAGUGUU